UUUCACUUCCUCAGACUCCAUUUUGUUCAACAGCAGCAGAAACACCGAUAAUGGCAUUCAAGGCUUUUUUUUAGGACUGUAAUAUAUUCCAGCAGAAGAGGACAGACUCACCAGGACCAUUUUUUUUUAUUCAAAGAUGGACACCCCUCUGUUGGACACACAUAAUGGGCCCCCACACCAAAGCCAUAGUCAAGUCCAGAAAAAGGGAUCAGACUCUCCAGUAACUAGCUGUGUGUCCAUGAAGAGUGAUGCAUCUAAGAAAGUUUCACUAUGGUUCAAAGAUGGAAUUCCCUUAUCUGGACACAGUCUAAUCCAGGCAAAGAGAUCAGAUUCUUCAGUACCCAGCUGUGUGUCAAUGAAGAGUGAUGCGUCUAAGAAUUACCUGGUAAAAUUCAAAGAUGGGGACCCUUCAUCUGGAUACAGUGUCCUGCAGAGCGGAACAGACAAAACAGAAGAAAAGAUCGUCAUAGAAUAUGGCCAAGCUGAAGAAAUGAAAGAAGAAGAGAACCUGAAAUUUUAUCUGAAAAACAUGUAUCAGUGUUUGAAUGAGGUGAUAGCACACCAGGAAAACCCAACACUUCUCAGUGAGAUCUACACAGAGCUCUACAUCACAGAGGGAGACAGUGGAGAGGUCAAUAAUGAACAUGAGGUCAGACAAAUCGAGGCAGCAUCCAGGAGAACAGCAAGAGAGGACACACCAAUCAAAUGCAAUGAGAUCUUUAAACCCUUAUCUGAACAAGACAAACCCAUCAGAACUGUGCUGACAAAGGGAGUCGCUGGCAUUGGAAAAACAGUCUCUGUGCAGAAGUUCAUUCUGGACUGGGCUGAAGAUAAAGCAAAUCAGGAUGUCCAGUUCAUAUUUCCACUUCCUUUCAGAGAACUGAAUUUGAUGAAGGACCAAAAACUUACUUUGGUGGAUCUCCUUUGUCUGUGGUUUAAGAAGACAAAAGAAACAGAAAUUUUCUACCUGCACAAAGCUCUGUUCAUUUUUGAUGGUUUGGAUGAGUGUCGUUUAGAUCUAGAUUUUCAGAGCAGAGUGAGUUUGUGUGAUGUAACUGAAUCAGCAUCAGUGGAUGUGCUGCUGAUAAACCUGAUCAAGGGGAAUCUGCUUCCCUCUGCUCUCAUCUGGAUAACCUCCCGACCUGCAGCAGCUGAUCAAAUCCCCUCUGAGUGUGUUGAUCGAGUGACCGAAGUACGAGGGUUUACUGACCCACAGAAGGAGGAGUACUUCAGUAAAAGAAUCAGUGAUCAGAGUCUGGCCAAUAGAAUCAUCUCACAUCUGAGGAAGUCAAGAAGCCUCUACAUCAUGUGUCACAUACCUGUGUUCUGCUGGAUUUCAGCCACUGUUCUAGAGAGAAUGUUGGGUGAAGCAGAGAGUGGCGAGAUCCCCAAAACUCUGACUCAAAUGUACACACAUUUCCUCAUCAUUCAGACAAAAAUCAUAAGAGAAAAAUACACAAAGAACCAGAAGACAGAUGAAGAAAUGCUUCUCAAACUGGGGCAGCUGGCUUUUCAGCAGCUGAUGAAAGGAAACCUAAUCUUCUAUGAGGAAGAUCUGAGAGAGUGUGGCAUUGAAGUUGAAGAUGCAUCAGUGUACUCAGGUGUGUGUACACAGAUCUUCAGAGAGGAAUCUGGGCUGCUCCAGAGUAAAGUGUACUGCUUUGUUCAUCUGAGUGUUCAGGAACAUCUUGCAGCUCUAUAUGUGCAUCUGACCUUCAUGAACCAGAAGAGAAAUGUGUUUAAACAGAGUUUGUUCUCUAAACUUUAUAACCUGAUGAUUAAAGAAAUUACAAUCUCAGAUGUACACAGGAGUGCUAUGGAUCAGGCAUUACAGAGUAAGAAUGGACAUCUGGAUCUUUUCCUUCGCUUUCUUCUGGGUCUCUCAAUGGAGUCCAGUCAGACUCUCUUACAAGACUUAGUGAAACAGACAGGAAGUGACACAAACAGGAACUCCCACAGCAAAGAGGAAACAGUUCAGUACAUCAAGAAGAAGAUCAGAGAGAAUCCCUCUGCAGAGAAAUCCAUCAAUCUGUUCCACUGUCUGAAUGAACUGGAGAAUAAUUCUCUAGUUGAGGAAGUUCAGCAGUACCUGCAAUCUGGAAGUCUACAAAUUUGUAAACUCACUCCUUCACAGUGGUCAGCUGUGGUCUUUGUGUUACUGACAUCAUCAGAGCAGAUGGAUGUAUUUGACCUGAGUAAAUACACCAGUUCUCAGAGCAAUUCAGACGAGGUUCUUCUAAAUCUCCUGCCUGUGGUUGCAGCAUCCAGAAGAGCUCAGUGUUAUAAUUGUAAUCUAAAAAAGAGAAGCUGUGACGCUCUGGCAUCAGUGCUCAGCUUGGAAUCCUCCUGUCUGAGAGAGCUGGAUCUAUAUGGAAAUAAACUAGGAGAUUCAGGAGUAAAGUUGCUCUUUGGUGGACUGGAGAAUCCUCACUGUAGACUGGAGACUCUGAAGUUGCAGUGUUGUAAUAUCACAGACAAAGGCUGUUUUGCUCUGGCUUCAGCUCUCAAAUCAAACCCCUCACACCUGAUAGAGCUAGAUCUAUCUGAGAAUAAACUAGGAGAUUCAGGAGUGAAGCUGCUCUCUGCUGCACUGGAGAAUCAUCUUUGUAAACUGGAGACACUGAAGUGGUGGGGUUGUAAUAUCACAGAUGAAGGCUGUGCUGCUCUGGCCUCAGCUCUGAAAUCAAACCCCUCUCACCUGAAAGAGCUGGAUCUGUCUCAGAAUAAACUAGGAGAUUCAGGAGUGAAGCUGCUCUCUGCUGGACUGGAGAAUCCUCACUGUAAACUGGUGAAACUGAAGCUGCACUAUUGUAAUGUCACAGAUGAAGGCUGUGCUGCUCUGGCAUCAGCUCUGAAAUCAAACCCCUCAUACUUGAGAUGGUUGGAACUAUCUGAGAAUAAUCUAGGAGAUUCAGGAGUGAAGCUGCUCUCUGCUGGACUGGAGAAUCCUCUCUGUAAACUGGAGACACUGAGGUUGUGGGAUUGUAAUAUUACAGAUGAAGGCUGUGCUGCUCUGGCAUCAGCUCUGAAAUCAAACCCCUCACACCUGGAAGUGCUAGAUUUGUCUGAGAAUGAUCUAGGAAACUCAGGAGUGAAGCUGCUAGAUGCUCUCAAGGCUGAUGAACAUUACAAACUACAUGAACUCAAGGUCUGGUGAAUAUAUGGACAAGACUCAGUGAAGACUUCUAUUAAAUGCCUUGGUUAUUAAUAGGUAAUUAAAUAGCCUUGAUUACAGGCUACUAAGACAACAUAUACCACAGAAAAUAUAGAAUAGAUUGCCUGAUGUUCAGCAAAUUGGGUCUCCUUCUCAUUUUCCCAUAGUAAUGUCAUCUGUGAAUUUAUGACAACUAUACGACACACAUUUAUUGAGCUUCAUCCUGAAAACUGUUUUAGUACUAUGACAGAAACUUUUUUUUCAUUUUGGAAUCAAGUGCUGUGGUCUGAUGAAAUAAAAAAUGAACUUCUUGGCCUCAAUCACCAAAUGAUUUUUUUCAUUAUCAAUAAAUAGAUCACCUUGCCAACUAUUCAUCAUUUAAACGGACCUUUAACGCAUUGGGGUUGUGUGGCAGCAAGUGGCAUAAUAUACAUUGUGGGAUAAAAGAAAGGAAGGAUUCUGCUAAACAUUAACAAAUUCUGGAAGCUAAUGUUCCACAAUCAGUGAAGAAACAGAAGCAGAAAAGAGGCUGGAUGUUACAAGAUAACAAUCCAAAACAUUCAACAAAAUCAACCUCAAACUACUUAAGGUUUAACAAUGGCCUUCACCGUCCCCAGACUUGAAUAUCAUGAAAAUCUGUGGGUAGAUCUCAAACAUGAUAUGCAUGCAAGAUGAUCUAUAAAUAUUUCUGAACUAGAACCAUUCUGCAAGGAAAAGCAGGAAAAAAUAAACAAUAAUAGUAGGCCUGUUACCUGGCUACAAGGAGAGUUUGGAGCCAAAGUAGGUGUUAUUAAGUACUGCACAUGCCUCAGUUUCUGUUUUAUUUUUUCCCAAUACUUUAUAUUGCAGAGGGAACUUCUUGUCAUUAAGAAAAUUGACAAAAUGUGUAA